AGCUUAGUGAUGCUGUGCUCCUAUUUUAUCGGGUACUUCCAUUGACGAGGAUCUCGCAGAUGCUCGCGGUUCCGCGUUCUUCCGUUCUGUAUAUCCUGAUUUGUAAGGUUCGAUCGGUUUGUGUAGUGAGAAUGAUUAUUGUUUAAUUGAUAGUGCUUUCUAUUUUGAAAAUGCAAAUUUGCGCCGAAGAUAUUUUAUAAUGUUGAUUAUUUUCUUCGAGUGAAAUGAAGAACACAAAGUGAUCAAGUUGUGCUGGCUCUGGCUGAAUAGUGAAUAAAAGAUAGCGAUUUGAAAUUCAACAGAUGGAAGUGGAAUGUGAAGAAUCUCACGGUUUUGAUUUGAUUAAAUCAAUUGUAUUCUUUACAUAAACGAAACGUUGCGUACUAGUGGUUAUCGAUUAAUAAUAGGAUAAGACAGUAGCAACCGGACAACGUACAUGUGAUAGGAAUAGGAGCAUUGUUUCUUCAUUUGGGAGUCACAUGGAAAUGGUUGCCUAAGUGAAUAAUUAGUUGUGUUAAGUGCGCAGCUACUAGGACAAAUCCGGCACUUCAUUUAACAAUAAAAAAAGUUCGAGAUGACUACUACUCCCGUAAUUCCGCUAGAUGCAGGACGAAAACGGAUCGUCAGACUCGGUUUCCUCGGCAUGUUAUUCAUCGUAUUAGGCUGUGUCAUAGUGGUGCUUAACCCAACGGAUCUGGUCGUGAACAACAUGCUGAGUAUGAAUGAAGGUUCUUACUUGCACAGGCUAUGGAAGAAACCACCACUGGAAGUGUUCAUUAGCAUUUACGUGUUCAAUGUGACUAAUGCGGAUGCAUUCAUGCGAGGAAAAGAGAAAAUGAAGGUGGAAGAGCUUGGUCCGUACGUAUACCAGGAGUACCUGGAAAACCAUAACUCAACCUUCAACGCAAAUGGAACGCUGAGCUUCACUCCUAUCCGCCGGCAAGUAUUUGUCCCUGGACGGUCGGUUGGAGAUCCAAGGCAUGAUCUAAUAAUCGUUCCAAAUAUAGCGUACUUGGGCGUGGCCAGCGCUGCUUAUCGAAUGUCUGCAUGGGCAUCUAUUGCUGUUGCUGCCGCUUUGAAACCUCUCGGAAUGAGUCCAUUCCUCAACAUUACUGUCCACGAUCUUCUGUGGGGAUACGAGGAUCCACUAGUUCAAGUGGCUUCAACACUCCUUCCAAACAUCAUUCACUUCAAAAAGAUUGGUAUCCUGGAUCGCAUGUUCGACGAUGGGUUCGAUACCGUAACGAUUAAUCUGCCGGAGGCGGUACAAAAACUGCACAAAACCAAGAUAGUGGCGGACGUUUCCGAGGAAGAAUUGGACUCCAUCGAGGAAGACUACUUUGCGGGUGAUGCACUGCAAGUUGCCGCAGAAGAGGAAGCAGAGGAAUCAGACGAACCUAUUCGGAACUACUCGAUCGAUCUGUGGAAUGGGUCACCUGGGCUUGCGCAUUGGGGCUACGUGGGAAAGGACCAUUGGGAUGCUGAAAGAAGGAACACCCCAUGCAACACGUUACAGGGAUCGUACGAUGGAACGGUGUUCCCUCGGAAUAUAUCCAAAACGGAAGUUUUCAAAGUCUACCGAAAGGCUUUCUGCCGAACCUUGCCAAUUGCGUUCGAAAGGGAAGGUAUGCACGACGGAAUCAAGGCCUAUUGGUUUUCCAUUCAGGAGAAUGCGUUCGAGAGUUCACUGAACGAUCCUUACACGGCGUGUUAUUGCCGUAAUGGACAUUGCCUACCGAAGGGCUUAGGUGAUCUGAGCCCCUGUUGGUACAAUAUUCCGGUGGCUGUAUCGUUGCCCCAUUUCUACAAAGGAGAUCCAGCGUUAUCCCAAGCAAUCGAAGGGUUGAAACCUCAAAAAGAAUUACACGAUGCAAUCAUCAUCAUGCAGCCCCAACUAGGAAUUCCAAUGACCGCCAGCAUCCGAGUGCAGAUUAAUCUGUUAACCAAUGUGAAAUUCAUAUCUGAUUUGAAGCCGCUGGACAAAACUGUGAUUCCACUUAUAUGGGCUCAAAUGGAGGUCGAGAAGCUUACGCCGGACAUCGUGAUGCUAUUACACCUGCUGUUCGACGUUGCACCGUACCUGCAGACCGGGUGUGUGUAUUUGCUGUCGCUGUUGGGAGUUUCGCUACUCGCCACCACGGCGCUAAUGUUGCUCUACUCUCGCCACGCAACGCUCGAGUACGAUCCCCGCAAAUCGAUUCGGUACUCAACGGUCAGCAUGAUACCGUUCCCGCUGCGGAAGGAGCUGGAGAAGUACGGAGAAGCAGAAAUCCGACGGGAGGCAUUACUGAUUGAAAAUGAGCCUUGACGAGAGGCCGUUAGCGCUUGUAGUAUUCGGUAGAUGAUUUUGCUCGUACGGAACGGGUGAAAUCGGCAUUGUCUAUUAUUCUUAUAGAAUAAACUGAGCAUUGUGAUAUUUACAUCUUAGUUAAGGAUGCGAGUUCGAAAUAUGAAGUAAUUAAAACAUAAGUAGGAUGAUAAGUACACUAUUUAGAAAGCGUGAAUGCGAGUAUACAUGGGAAAAGUACAUUUGAAAUCCAUGAACUGAAAUUAUAAGCUACGAAACGCUGUGAUGUCAAUUAGCAUUGAAACAUGACUAUACUUUAUCUCUAACAGUUCUAACGACGGGUUUCAGA